UUUUCAGAUUUGCAAACGAAGAAGCACUGAAGGCGUUUGAAGAGGUGAAAUUCAGGACUCGGAUUUGACGAAGCGCAAAUGACGAUGAAAUCCAACGCGUGGGUUCUAUUGUUAUUAGUGAUCUACUCCGGCGUCGUCAGUUGCAUUGAUGACAAAUGCGCCGCUUGCAAUGCUGUUGCCGAGGAGAUAGAACAUGGACUUUCCAAUGAAAAACCGAGGAAUCAUUUAGAUAUGAGACAUCGGUUGGAUUCUAAAGGUCAGCGUAAGGGGAAGGUGAUUGAUUACAGGGUCAGUGAGCUAAGAGUUGUGGAACUCCUGGAUGGGCUUUGUGAAAAGAUGCAAGAUUACACUAUUGAGAAGACAGAUUCAACUGGACAACAGUGGAUCAAGGUGGACAACUGGGACAACUUGACAAAUAAACAAGAAGCUCGGGCUUAUUCUAAAGAUAUAUCAACUUAUUGUGGGAGAUUAUUAGAGGAAACAGAAGAUGAUUUAGCAGAGUUGAUUAAGAAAGGAUCUGUCAGGGCAGGUGAUGUUAGCAAAGUCCUAUGCCAUGAUUUGAGCAGGCAUUGCAGCAAGGCGAGCAGUGUUCAUCUGAAUGAUGAGGACGACGAAGCAGAUGGAGAACUAUGAAAAGAUAGGAUGGGAAGAGAAGCCAUAAACCAUGCAACAGUUAGUUUGUUUCAAAUCAGGAGUUAUGUGCUUACGCUCUUAUUUUCUUGUAUAACAGUAAAAGUUUGAUUGCACCUUCAAUUUAUAAUUUUGAUAGAAGGCUCAGAGGAUGGGGUUAUGCGGACUUAAAAGCCUGAUAUUGAUGUUCUUGUAGUAAAGCUUAGGAACUCGGGUAGGCUUCAUCAAUGGGACUUCUCUCCAAGGAGUCAGCCAGACUCUGAACAUGCAUUAAGCUAAAUGAUCCAAAACUAGAACUAACCAUUUAUAAUAAGGUUGUGAUAUUAGUAACCUGGUAAUUCACAUGCCAGCCAUUUGUCUAUUGUUGAUGGGAUUUUCUGCUGAAACAUUAGGUGAAAAUAGAUGAUUUGGCGAGUUAGUGUUCUGAGUGCCCUUUGCUCAUAACUCUUAAGCUAGAUACUUGGAAUGGCCAUGUAACUGUCAAAUUUUCACUUGUUACUUAUAGUGGCAUCAAAUUUUCAAGCUU